AUGAAGGAGGGUCUUUCCAUAAAAGUAAAAACUUUGAAAAAAGAAGGGGAUUUCCAAGAAACAAGGAGAGAAAACAUCCAAUUCAGGACCACCAUUCGAAAUGGCAUUCCUUCUAAAGAAAAGGACCAUCCUCCAGAGGAAUUCAAUGCUUACAAUCGUAAGAAAGGGGAGUUAGCAGAAACAGGUGAAGCCAACACUCAACAUCUCUCUGCUCACACAAACACGGAUUAA